GUAAUUGUAAACUGUUGUAAAGAAUCAUAAAUAAUUUGCCUACUGUCGCUCCCCCAUGCAUGGACCAUUAAUUCUCACAUCAGCACUAGCCGCAAACGAAACGUGUUCUGAAACUUGAAGGCCUUGAAGGAAAGAAGUUUGUAGACUCUCCAAAAUACACAAGAAACACUUAAAUUGGAGAUGGAAUCAUACAGCAAUUGCAAAGAACUUUGGGCUGACCUGUCUGCCACAGGUGUAACUCUGAGUGAGGACAACGUCAAUCAGAUAUUACAAACUCGCAAAGAUCAGCUGCUGAACGGCAUCCUGUGUUUCAAGAAGUCAAAAAGUGAAACUGCUAAAAGGCCAAAUGCUAGCACAACUGAAUCAAAAAAUGUCAAGACUCUUAUUAAUCUCAUCUCAGACACGAUUAGUGUCGACAGUGAAGUUGCGCGAAGAAUGCUGGAGCAAUACUUGAUGUACCAAUUUAGGGGCGAGGGACGCACCAUUGAACGCUACCUUUCGGACACAGUUCUGAAAAUGGGUCUGCUAGCUGACAUCUGGACCUCUGUGUUGCGAGAGAGCAUUUUCCUGCUGCACAGCGUCAAACUGAUACUCUCGCCACCAGCAGAACAUCCCUACAAAGCUCUAUUUGACAGUUUUGCCGAAGGUUUAGAUGCUGAUGUGGUCAUGGAAAAACUUCUCGCGCAACUUGAGUGUCUCUUGGAAGAGUCACCGCCCACAAUAAAAACUUUGGAAGACGAGUGGAUUGCUUCAAUGCUGUCGCGACGAAUGAUCUUGUGCCAAUCAUUCAUGCUCCUGAAGAAGAUAGCGCCAGUCAAAACUGUCGUUAAACUAAUAAAUCUAUUUAAGGAGAAAAAAUUCAGUCAACAACUUACUAGCGAGGGACACAAAAGUCUUGCAUCCUUAGUGAGCUUCAGCCAAACAUGCCUUCUGAUUCAUUUGAUCCUGCAGUUGCCAAAACUAGAAAACACCGACUUGGUGAAAGAGAAGAGUGCCAUAGCUCAGCUACGUGAGAUUGUUUGCAGUCUUGAAAGCAAGAAUGGAGGCCUUCUCAAACUUGCAUACAACGCCUCCUUCUACACUGGCCCAGAAGACGAUGCGAUGGCGCUUGUCGUGUCUGCUUUCGAGGAAGACCAAUUUGAAUAUAUUCACGCAAUUUUGACUGCAAUCAAUGACACUGGAGAUUCUGUAAUGAUCGCAAAGGUUUCACUCAUGUUCUUUGAGCUGCUGGAUGUGAUGGUUGACCGAUACUAUGUCACUGGAUUCAGCAACUUUCCCAUGUUCUUCAGCACUUGUGCUUUGAUAUUGAGCCAACCUAACACCGGUGCCAUUCUUUGGGGACAAGAUGAAUGCUCCCUGCGAGCCCUGUUCAGGCUCAGCCUGGAUUACUUCCCACACCUGUCACAGCGAAUCUUGCAUCUACUGAUUGCUUCAGCAAAAGCAGACAAACUUAACGAGAUGUUAAAGAUAAUCGCAGAUGUGGACAUGUACACUGAGGAGAAAAGUGUUAAUAGCAUUAGCGUUCUCUUGGGCCAAGACAAUGAUGUAAGCCUAGUGGACGACAUGUCCGUCAUGGAUAGUCUGCUCACUAUUCCAGCUGGAACGCAAGGCGUAAUUUCGCACCAAAACUCUCCCCAUCCGCUGGUUCACUGGAGCAUCAGAUACAAUUUUUGGGACGCUCUCUACAACCAAUUGAUCAAGAUUAAUGCAGAGCUUCGCCGCAACCAAAGUUUCAAUCUUGAGAAGGCGCUUCUCAUUCUGAAAUGCAUCCACUCUGUUCUGGAAGCAGGAAUACUUGAUGACUAUAACAUGACUAAUACUAUUCACGAGUCGUUUCUCCUCAUAGAAAUUGCGUGCCAAAUGAGCGUUCCCCCAGCUGAACUACUGGCCCAGGGCUUAGAGAUUUUGCGAGCGCUGAUGCACGCACACAAGAGCCGUGUUUGCGAGAUGGCUGCUCAAACGCGACUGGUGCCUUGUUGGUUGGGUCCUGGGCCGCCAUCACUUCUCGGCCAGGUUGAGUAUGGCGUCUGGCAGCAUCUGCUCCUUGGACUGCACAUAACGCCGGCCAUGAGCUCCUUGCUUAAGGCUUACCUGCGGUUUUUGAUUGUACUUGCUGAGAGCGAUUCUUCUGAUGCAUCAUGCGAGAGUGUUUUGGCAGCAGGAUUCCUGGUUGUCACUCAAAAUAUUUUCCCAGGACACACCGAGUGGUUGUAUCCGAGACUGAGAGAUGAAGAGACGAUUGGUGUGCUUUGUCUGCAGUUCACCCAAGCGCUUAUCAACAAGGGAGAAAAUUGGGAAAAACUAGUUGUUGAGUGCCUUCUGAAGACUAAAGCAAGCAUGACGCUGAUGCAGCUUGCAGCCUCGGGCGAGGAUCACAUUGAAAACAUACUAGUAAGAGAGUCUUCUUUCUACUCAACAAGAUCAAGAAGACUGCUGCUCAAGAUCAGACUGAGUCUUUCUCUACUGAACCAAGCACUGCUGAAAAGACACAUAGUUCUGGGUGAAUGUAGCAGGGACUGUAUCCUGCUCCAGCAAUUGAGUAGCAGUCACCAGGUUGAGUCUGACAACUUUUACUUCCGUCUGAGCCUCUACCUGCAGUCACGCCUGCAUCCUUACCUGCCCACGCUGGCGGUCAAAGUCCUGCAGCAGGUGUUUGAAGUGUUGCCAGUGUCGCUUAGGUUUUACCUUCGAAUGGAUGACACUCUGAUCCGCAACACGCUUGAGAUGCACCUCCUUGCCCACGACUCAUUUCCUCCCCUCAGGGCAGCUCUCCUCGACCUACUCACCAAUUGUGUCAGGACAAGCACCCAAUCCGCAUUGUUGGUCCUUAUGUUCACUGAACGAAGCAAAGAAAAGGAGGUGCAAGCGCUCCCACCUGAAGGAGCCAAGUCGGACACUCUGGACUUCAUUUUAAGCACUUUGCAAGAGGCCAAAGAAGACCCAACUACAGUUCACAGCGAAGUUUACAAGGCAGCAGUUGACUUUUGCGAGGCGUGCUGGGUUGCACCGGUUUUGUAUGUCCUCAAAAGCAUUGUGAGCAGCAAAAACUUCUGGGAAGUCUUCACCACUCCUCUACUGAAAUACGAAAUAAGCAACGAAGAGCAAUUUCUCCAACUGCUGAGGGUUCUCUACAUAGAAAUUGUUCGACCAAAGUUUCCACCUGAAGAGCUGGACAAGGCACUGAAGAAUUUUGCCCAGAAUCGCCUGCUUCAGUGGAAUACUUUCGUCAUGGAAAAGUUGAAAGAUAUUGGUGACGAGAGCGACGCGAAAAUCGACUCUUUGUGCAGAGUUUGGAGCAACUUAAUAGUCGCACUCUUAAAGAAAAGGAAGACUUUGCUUGACGACCACUGCAUUUGUGAGCUGACUGAAGCGCACCUCGACUUACUCAUCCACAGUCUCUCUGAGGUUGGGGAUAUUCCUCACGCAGUGAUUUCAACCCAAGUUCUCCUCCACUUGGUCACCUCUUCCUCAAGUUUCAAAGACUUGGGCGAUAGUUUUACUGAGAAAGUGGUCAAACUUGCUGAACUGGUGGGCAGACGGUACUCUUACAUGAAACCAGCUACCAGAACUACGCUCCUGUCCAUUCUGGUGAAGAGUCUUACAUGUGAAGCGUUUAGUGCUCAGCAAGCCAAUCGGUCUGGAUUUGACAGUCACGUGUGUGACAUUGUCAGCAAGGAGAGUAUGGAAGGUCGUCGCUUGGGGCUGCACAAGGGCGGCGAAACCAUGGCUUACGUCUUAGUCUUGCGUCUGCUUCAAGUUUCUGGCGAUAAGCUGUUCAAUUUUGGCUCCGAAAUGAUGUUCUCCUGCUUGGUGAAGGAUGCUGUUUCAUUGAUUAGGGAGAGGAAAAGCGCAUUGUGCCCCGAAAUCAUUCUCAAGACCCUGGUACUGGCAGCUUCAACCCCAUCGCUUUCUGCUAAGAUUGGACCCGCUAACUUGAAGCUCAUGUGGAUGGCUUUGCUAGAUCUCAAAGUUGACAUGGCUGGAAACAAAGAUGCUGCCGAGUGGGAUGUAGUUUAUGAGCAGGGAGUGUACCUUGCUAGCGCCAUGGUGGACACCAACCAGCAGUCAUGCCGAGCAGAGGUGGCCACCUUCCUGGUGGACCACAGGGCUCACUUAAUUUCCCGGCUGGUGUCAAUGCGAAGCAGCCAGGAUCGCAAGACUCUGAUGAUCAUCUCCCAAAUCGUCCACUUGCUGGCUUCUCUGUCUGCACAGCUCUGCCGCCACCAGCACGCUCUCCAAACAUAUGUGAUGGGAGUGCUUGCCUGUUUGAACCUGGUCUUGACAUUCAUGGUGCGACCAAAGGCUCCUUUGGAAUCGGGAUCCAAGGCAUCUAUGCAACCCGCGCAACCCUGGAAAUCUGUCAAUGAGAAGAGUAAUUUGCUCAUGUCUGUUGCGGAAGGAUGUGUACAGUUUCUUCUAACGGUGUGCCAGCCAUCAGGCCAGUUGUCUCGCCGAACUCUCUUUGCAGACUGGAGACAGUGCCGGCUGGUGUUAAUUGAUGACGGCAUGGAUCAUUUCACUCAAAAUACUGUGACUGGUCAUUCAUUCACUUUUAGCAAUAUGUUCAAUCUGGCAACAAACUGCUUGCUUUUUGUGGACCAACUAAGGACUUACUCACGAAGCCAGUGGUACAAUGAGCCAGAUCUUGCCCUGGCGGAUGAAGCUGUCACACUCAGGGUCAUGAAAAUUUGCAUCGACCUGCUUCUGCAGCAGGCUAGAGUGAAAAUUUUGCAGCAACCCGACUGCAUCACUUUCAGAACAAACUUCAAACAUGACAUGGAAAACGUCAUCGAAAUGAUAAAGAUGAAAAUUUUUAACAAAAACGAAGUAAGAAAUGUGCGUCGGGAUAAGACUCUUUCGAACAGAGCCUUGCUCAACCUGUCUGCAGAUUCUUCCCGUCUAGUGGCCAGAUAACUGAAAAAAUUCAUAUUGAAGUGCCUCUGCUGUUCGCAGUUAAAUUAGUUCUUUCUAUAUUAUUAUUGCUUAUUUUUGUAAAGCAGUGAAAAUUUCAAAUAAAUUACCAUUAAGUUCAAAUAAUA